AUGCAGAAACAAUCCUUUUCCUCUGCCUUUCUACUACUACUACUACUAUUGUUUAUCCACACAAUUACAAUUGUGAAUGCAGUACAAAGGGGAAGAAUGGUGGGAGCAAGAACACAAGUAAAAGACGUUAAAGCAAACAAGGAAAUACAAGAACUAGGCAAGUUUUCAGUAGAGGAGUACAACAAGGCCAUCUUAGAAACACCGCCGAGCCCGCUUCGAAGCGUGGGGCACGGUGGCUCCAACGGCCCUGUAGAUUUUGUUGAGGUGGUGGAGGCGGAAAGACAGGUGGUGGCUGGGGUUAAAUACUACCUUAAGGUUGAAGCCAUGCAAGGUGGGGUUAGCAGGACUUUUGAUGCUGUGGUGGUUGUUAAGCCAUGGGUUCAAUCAAAGAAAUUGCUCAACUUUGGCCCAGCUCCAAGGGUCAAGUUUUCAGAUGCCCCGAGUGAACAGAUCUAG